UGUUCGUGCCGUUAGUGCUUUACCUGUGACUUCAGCACAGCGCAAGAGGAGGACCGACAGGAGAAAAACUCUUGUACGACUGAAACAUGGGCUAUUCUGCUGCCAGCCGAGGAACAUUCUCACACUCAAAGCACUGAAGGAUCUACUCCAGAGCUCACAGCACAUCCAUGAGAAUUCGCGAUGCUUUGGACACCCCCAAACCUCCUGCAAAACAUCUCAAACGCUUCAACUUCUAAUGACAUGACAACUUUAACAGCUUUAUCCUCGGAUAUGACAGCUCGUCGUGUGUGGACGCAUUCAUAAAUUGUUUUCAAACAUUGUUUUGCGAGUAAAAAAGACAUAAGUGAGUGCUGAAUGUUGAUGAAGACUGUUAUUGAUUGAUUACUGGUUGAUUAGCGGGUUACAUCAAUGAAUACAAUCUCAAUUUCAGCACAAGACUCAGUUUUGCUUCCAGAAGGGGCAAAAACCCGGCUCUUAUAGAAAGAAAUAACAGCAAAAGCUUCAUGGGUUUGUUUAUCUGGGACCUUCGUUUUUGAGAAACGAUUGUGAAAGAAAAAGAAAAGACAAAACAACAAGUGGAGGGACUUGUGGAGAGGCAGAGCGCGUCCGUGCGCAUUUCACUGGGACAUAACUUAGCCAUCAUCAUCAUCUCUCGUGAGUUGAAUAAAAUGAAAGUUUGGACUUUUCUUCCGUGUUUGGCCGUCCUACUCAUCCUGUGCGUGGGAUCAGACUGCGGGACGGUCCUGAGGAAGACCCGAUCCAAGCGCGAGCUGGUGAAGAUCAGAGAAGCCAAAGCCGUCUUCCCGGGGGCUUGUGCCACCCGACUGCCCCGGGGCAAGCGCUCCCUGCCCACGCUAGACCGCCGGCUCCCCCGCCAGCGCCGCCGCUCCUCUCCAGCGGAGGAUGCGAACUUCUCCCGGGGUAAAGCCGUGUAUUUCACGGGCAGAAGGGAUCAGCUAAGACUCAAGCCCGGUGUGGAGAUACCGAAAGGCAAUUUCACUCUCCAGAUGUGGGUCAAACCAGAGGGUGGUCAGCGCUCUCCCACUGUCAUAGCUGGUCUUUUCGACAAAUGCUUCUACGCUUCCAGCGAUCGAGGAUGGCUGUUGGGAAUUAAAGCCGUGAGUGAACAGGGAAACCGUGACCCACGUUUCUUCUUCUCCUUAAAGACAGAUCGAGCGCACAAAGUUACCUCAAUUCAAUCGAAUGCUCGCUACUUACCUGGCCACUGGGCCCAUGUGGCUGUGACUUACAAUGGCCUCUAUAUGAAACUUUAUGUCAAUGGUGCUCAGACGGCUGUUAGCAGAGAACAGUCAGGUGAUGUCUUCAGCCCCCUUACUAAAAAGUGUAAGGUGCUGAUGGUGGGAGGAAAUGCCUUGAAUCAUAACUACAGAGGCUCCGUGGAGCGUGUUGGUCUGUGGCGACAGGUUCUCUCUCAGCGACAGAUCAUGAGGGACAUGCAUGGACACAUGGACCAUGAGGACAUGGUUGAUCUGGUGAUCCGUGAGACCUUUGAGCAUCCGGCACGUAAAUGGCUAGCAGUGAAGGAUGGCAGUUUCCCAAUACCGGAUGAGGGUCCUAGAGCCGGACUAGAUUCUUUGGACACCACCUUGGAGCCCCCAGCCUGUGGACAGACAGUGUGUGAUAACACGGAAGUAGUGCGCAACUACAAUCACUUCUGGAGCUUUCGGCGUCCCAAAACUGUGCGUUACCGCGUUGUGAAUGUUUUUGACGACUUUAAGCGCAAACCAACAGUGACAGAUCAGCAGAUUCACCUUCAACAUCAGCAUCUGAACGAAGCCUUUAGCAUAUACAACAUCACUUGGGAAUUGACCGUGCACAACGUGAGCAAUUCCUCUCUGUAUAACCGUCUUGUGCUCGCCAACUGUGACAUCAGCAAGGUGGGCGAUGAGGAUUGUGACCCUGAGUGUAACCACACCCUGACUGGCUUUGAUGCUGGUUACUGCAAGCCUAGGACCCGAUGUCCUGAGCAUAAACAAGGCAAUAGUGUCUGUGACCCAGAGUGCAACUGUGAGAACUAUGGUUAUGAUAAUGGCGAUUGCUGCAACCCCAGCAUCACCGAUGUGACCAAGACAUGCUUCAAUCCAGCUUCUCAUUUAAGGGCCUAUCUGGACAUAAAGGAGCUAAAAGAGAUUCUCAAGCUGGACGGUUCCACGCACCUCAAUAUCUUCUUUGCCAAUUCCUCCGACGAAGACCUGGCUGGAGUCGCUACCUGGCCAUGGGACAAGGAUGCGCUGACACAUCUAGGUGGAAUUGUUCUGAAUCCUUCUUUCUAUGGUACAUUUGGUCACACUCAUACCAUGAUCCAUGAGAUCGGUCACAGUUUGGGACUAUACCAUGUGUUCAGGGGGAUCUCUGAGAUUGAGUCCUGUAAUGAUGCGUGUUUAGAGACUGAGCCCUCGCUAGAAACCGGAGAUCUGUGUGCCGACACCAACCCGACUCCCAAGUACAAGCACUGCAGGGACCCUGAGCCGGGCAACGAAACAUGUGGCAAUCGCAACUUUGAUCACACGCCAUUUAAUAAUUACAUGAGUUAUGCAGAUGAUGACUGCACUGAUUCCUUCACACUCAACCAGGUGGCUCGCAUGCACUGUUAUCUGGACCUCAUCUACCAGACAUGGCAACCCAACUACAGGCCACCUCCUGUCCCUAUGGCGCCCCAAGUGGUAGAACAGGGACAAGACUUCAUUACUCUUGAUUGGUUUCCUCCCAUCUCUGGCCACUUUUAUGACAGAGAAGUGGGAUCAGUAUGUGAUAAAUGCACUGAGGGUCGCGUCCUCCUGCAGUAUGCCUCCAAUUCGUGGUCUCCACGACCCUGCUCCCCAUCUGGCCACUGGAGCCCCAGAGAAGCAGAGGGACCACCAGAUGUGGAGCAAGCCUGUGAGCCCAGUGUUCGCACGUGGAGUCCUCAUAAUGGCAUGGAUCUGGGCAUGGUCCCCCCUCCCUGCCCUCCGCAAGGCUGCAUGUUGCAGCUGGAGUUUGCUCAUCCGGUGGUCCCAGACUCCCUCACGAUGUGGGUGACAUUUUCCUCCCCAGAGGAAACAGUUCUGCCAGCCAUCCACAAUAUCAUCUUACUGACUGUAGCUGGCAACAACCUAUCACUGGGUCCCAGCAAUUUGUUCUGUGAUACACCACUAACCAUCAAGCUGGGCGUGCAGGAGGAGGUGUACGGGGUACAGUUUUUCACCAUGGAACAACAUUUGGAAAUUGACGCCACUUUGCUCACGUCUAAAUCUGACUGUCCACUCUGUCAUGAAUGCGAGCCACUUCGCUAUCGGCUCCUGCGGCAGCCGGCGUUUACGCACGCAGCACAGGGCAUCGUGCUGAGUGACUCGAUGCGAAGAUAUGUGGACAGGGAUGUUGAGUAUGGUGGAGUGUACACAUACCAGGUCCAAACCAUCUCUAGUUGGAGUGAGAGUGAGCCAUCCCCUCCAUUCACACACCAUCUGGGAGCUCCAUACUGUGGAGAUGGACUCAUCCAGAGGUCCCAGGGAGAAGAAUGUGAUGAUAUGAACUCAAUGAAUGGCGAUGGCUGCUCCAGUCACUGCAAGAAGGAGCCAUUCUUUAACUGUAUUGAUGAGCCCAGCAUGUGCUAUUAUUAUGAUGGUGAUGGAGUGUGUGAAGACUUCGAGCGGGAGACGAGUGUAAAGGAUUGUGGUCUGUACACACCAAAUGGUUUCCUGGACCAGUGGGCCACCAUGGUAGAAGUUUCCCACGAAGAGAAGCUCUACUGCCCAGCCGACGUGGCUGCCGGAUACCCUGCUGUAACUAAGACGUGCCAGUCCAAGGUGUUUGACUUGUCUGACGGAGUGUCUCAGUAUGCCUGGUUUCCAUGUCGAGAGGCUCAGGGCAUUUCCUGGUAUCCCCAAUACUGGCUGAAGGCAUAUUUCUCGCAUCCUAUGGUUGCUGCAGCUGUCAUCAUCCAUUUAGCUGCAGAUGGAACCAGCUACAUCGACCAAACCCAGUGCAACAUUACAGUCCAACUGAUCGACACCAAAGAGGGCAUCCACAGCUUAGGUGACUGGCGUUUAAGCUGCCGCACCAAUCCUCUGGUCAUCCCUGUCAGUCAUGACCUGAGCAUGGCCUUCUACCACACCAAAGCCAUCCUCCUCAUGUUCCGCUCUGAUUUGGUGGCUAUAUCUGGCGUAGGCCUACGCUCCUUCCAGUUCUUUGACCCAAUCACCAUCAGUGGCUGCCAGAGCAAUGAGAUCUACAACCCCAUGGGCCAGAGUUGUGUUCAUUACUCGUGUGAAGCCAUCGAUUGCCAGGAGCCGUUGAUCCGGAACGCAGAGGUGAAAUGCAGCGAUAGCGGUUACUUCAAUGGAGCGCACUGCACUGUCACAUGCAACAGCGGCUACGUCCUGCAAAUCCACCGGGACGAUGAAAUCAUCAAGAGCCAGACGGACUCAACGGUGACCAUCACAUGUGCUGAUAGGAAAUGGAACAAGCAAGUAUCGUGUGAGCCAGUCGACUGUGGGCUGCCAGAUAAGUACCAUGUGCAUCCUGCCCACUUUGACUUCCCAGAAGGCACCACCUAUGGCAAGAAGAGCACGUUCCAGUGCAAGGAGCCUGCUCAGCUUGUGGGAACUAAUAACACACUGAUCUGUAUGGAAGAUGGUCUGUGGUCAUUCCCGGAGGCUUUGUGUGAGCUGCGGUGUCCGGCACCACCUCCAGUGCCCAACGCUGUGUUGCAGACCAAACGCUGUAAUGAGACAGGUCUUAAAGUAGGCAGCCUCUGCAAAUACAAAUGUAAACCUGGAUACCAUGUGGCUAACAAACCAAAGAGGCGAGCGUUUAAGCGUCAGUGCACAGAAGACGGCCGCUGGUUGGAGGGCUCGUGUGAGCCGGUGACUUGUCCCCCUCCCCCGUCUGUCUUUCACGGCAUGUACCAGUGCACAGACGAGUUUAAGUUUGACAGUACCUGCUGGAUCCACUGCAAUGGGGCCAACCACACACUCAGACAACCCCCUCCAUGCAGACAGGGUGUCAGCACCAAUGCCAUUCGCUGCAGAAAGGACGGGAACUGGACUGGAAGUUUCCACUUAUGUCCACAGCUGAAGGGUCAAUGCUCUCUACCUCAGAACCUGCAUCCCAGCAUCCGCAUCAGCUGCAAGAAAGGACAUGGCAUAGGAGAGGAGUGUGAGUUGUCAUGCAGGGACAGUAACAAUGAUGUGGUCAUUCUGCCGAGUAACAUGACGGCCAGCAGCAUUUUCAGACACCACUGGAUGAACCCUCCCAAAGUCAAGCACAUAGUCUGUACCAUGGGUCUGAAGUGGUACCCCCAUCCAGAAGUCCUCCACUGCAUCAAGGGAUGUGAGCCUUUCAUGGGUGACAAUUACUGUGACGCCAUCAACAACCGAGCCUACUGCAACUAUGAUGGAGGCGACUGCUGCCAUUCCACUGUCAAGACUAAGAAGGUGAUCCCAUUCCCCAUGUCUUGUGAUAUCCGGAGAGAGUGCGCCUGCCGGGACCCCAACGCCCUGGACAACCGAAAGGGCGAGCACCUGCACUCGCUGGGCUGAAACAGUCUACCGAGCUGGUGCACGGACUGGGAUAUUCUUCCUAGAUUUGCUGCUGCUUUACAGGUGUACCUCUACUCUCAUAGCUGUUCACCCUUUUCAAGUCCAGUCUACCUGCUGUGUCCUAUGCUUGGAAAUGGAUCCCAGUCCCAUUAACCCAGAAAGGACCAAAGCGGGUUUAAGUGUUUUUGUCAUCUGUAGAAGAAUCAAUGUCUCUCAUUGACCUCCAAAACAUAAAAGUAAAGCACGCACACAGACAGACUUGAGUGAACCUGGACAAAGUAAUGAGAACGCUCUGGAAAUGCAUGGCAUAUGUGUGUGUGAAUAAGAGAGCUUUUUUUUUUAUUUUAUUUUUUAUUUUUUUGCAUUAAGACCAAAGGCAGACAAAUUCAAACAAAUAUAAUCUCAAAAGAAGACAAACAGAAUUUGCAAACAUCGCAUGAAUGCACAGAAAACAGUUUAUGGGGAUUGUUUUUGUUUAAGUUUGUUUUUUUGGAUGUGACCUUAGUCAUCCCAGGAACAGCGAGUGUUGUAUCUGCCCUCUCUCUGUUCCUGUUGGCAGCGCGCCCUGUCCCUUUAGUGAAGCAGACGCUGUCCAGAAACACAGAUAAAGGACUGUACAGUUGGGUGUAUAAUAAUCAUAUGAUCACAGGUUGUUUUAAAGGACAGUUUUAGACUAAUAACCGCUUCUCUGGAUGUACCUGGAACAAAACCACCAGAAAUGUAUUGAAUAGAAAUAGUCAAAGGGGAACAGCCAAAGCUCCCAUCGCAGGCUAUUUACUUCCUGUGAAAUAAGUGUGAUACGUGGUUAAUUUUAGUAACUACUCGCUUGAGAGAGAGCACACAGACAGAUCAGUGCAAAAACGAGGCGAGAAUGAAAUUGGUUUUGUUAGCAUGGCUGCUGUUGUUGCUGCUACGAUUGCUGCUAAUUAGUCAAACAACCGACAACAGGAAACUGCAGGCCAUGAUGUAGUGUGUCAAAUAGUCAGUCUGCCUUAACACUUACCUCUGAUCAAUGUCAAUAAACUAUAAAACCUCCCAUUACAGCACCGGGCCAGUGCAGAAUUGUAACAUGUCUGGUCAGAAGGUGAUAAAAAUAUCUAGUGUUCAAGAAUAUAUCAUAAUGCUUAAGAUUGUAUGUUAAAUAGACGCAAACUCCUGAAUGUAGAAACCAUCAUCAAAGACAUUAUAUUAUAUUUAAAUAGUUAAUUCAGCCACAAAUAAAAAAAUGUCAUCAUUUAUUCAACCACCUUAUGCUGUUAUUUAGUUAUCAUUAUGAAAAAUCUAAUUAUUAUUUGUGAAAAAUAAAAAUUGUAUAGAACCUUCAGACAGCUUUUAUUCACAUCAUGACUGUUCAUAAUGACCAGGACUGCCAAGCUCAACUAUCAUAAAAGCAGUCCACAUGACUAUUUAAUGUCAUGGGGAAGAUUUUCAGCAAAUAACAACAUAGUUCCUCACACAAAGCCAUUGUAUGGCUUUAGAAGACUUGUUGGUCAUAUGGACUACUUUCAUUGUGCUUUUUAAAAAAAUAUGUUUAACUUUGGAGCUUGACAGACAUGAUCACAAUGAACUGCCAAGUGGAAAAGAAGAGCAUGAAGAAUCUUCAAAAUUUCUACUUUUGUGUUCCACAAAUAAUAGCAUAUGUUCUGGAACGACAUAAGUAAAUUAUUUUGGGUGAACUAUUCCCUUUUUAAUCCGAUUUCAGCACUAAUUUGUUAAAAUCGAUACAAAUUAAGAGUUUUUUAUUUUAUUUUUAUUAUUCACUCUGAUUACAUAAUACUGUAAAUACACAGGGAUGGGUUGGGUUCUUUCACAAUAGGUUAAUUUGAGACAGUGUACCUCAAAACUUGUUAACUAACAUCAAAUACAGUAUAAUAAUCUCAGACAAUUUGACGCCAGUCUAAAACACUUUUCCGAAAGAGUAUAUUACUAUAUACAGUAUGUGCCAAUGCAUUAACCACUAUUAAGUGUUGCUGGCCCCUUUGAAACUGAAGUUAAAAUGUUACGGGCACAUUUUCUUGUGCCUCGGAUGAGCUGCCAAAAAACCUUUCUGUAAACAACUUGCUUUUGAAAAUAACAUAUAGCUCAACCAUAGACAUAGCUUAACCAUAAACAAUUAACCAUAAACAAAUGAAAUAAAACAUCAAGAAUUCUUAUUGGAUGGAUACAAUAAGUACUUAAUCAACCAAAACAAUGUCUUACUGUGGACAAUAUUUGUCUACCAACUGUACCAACAUUUCAAACUAGUCACUAACUAACCUCUGUGAAACUGCACCUUUGACUGUCUAUACCUAUCAAUAAAUGUUCAAGGUAAAUAAUAUUGUGCUAUUUCUUUAGACAGUAAUGCACCAUUUCUGAUAGGCUUUGUCUUUGGUAUAAUUAAAAUAGUGUGAUUUGACAUUGCUUCUACUACAUUGGGCACAGAAAACACUUGUCAUUGCUGUUUUAAUGGCAUGGAACAUGCCAAGGCAUUAAUUAUGGUUUUGCCUGUUUUAAUAAUGGGCAUCACUUUGUGCAAUUGUAGAAGUAUGAUAAUUAGAAUAUAACUUUAUGACAUUAAUGAUUAAGAAAAAAAAAGAGACCUGGAAGAAAGUCAGUCAACCAUAUCAUUAUGUGUGCGUAGCAUAAAGACUUCCUAAUGAGAGGCCGAAGUUGAUAGUUAUUUUUGGGGGCUUUUAGUGUCAAAUGUGCAUUUUACGUCAUUUAUAUUUCUAAUAAUAAUAAUAAAUAAAUAAGGAAUAAUACAGGGGAAUAAAAAAAAAUAGUGUACCAGUCAGUAUUUGUAUUAAUGACCUCAGUUGCUGCACUUUUGGAUAGCCCAUUAAAAGAAAGUAAAAACUAAAAUUGCUGCUAUUGUAAGCCAGGAACAUUUAGGAGGGACAAAAUUAGAUUUUUUUUUUCUUUUACCUAUAAGAUAUCAUUAUACGCCUCUGUGAUUAUUGUGGUCACACUUGCUUUGUGCCUGAUUGAUCAUAAAAAUCAGAGCAACUGUCAAAUGUGACAUUGUCGAUUUUAUUGGAUUUGUAUGAACAACACUUUGGGAUCAUUGAAAACUGGCUUUAAUAUUUCUGUUUUUCAACGUGUGAAAAGACUUCAGAUCUUUGUGUGUAUGUAUGUAUUUUGCAUAACCAUUUUUUUUUUUCAUUUUUUUUUUUCAUCUUUUCUGCUACAAAUGUCUUUUGAGUUGAGUAUUUUGUUUUGUUUGUUUCUUUGUUUGUAUCAGCCAUCUCAUGUAUUGGAGUUGGGUUGAAGGAUAUUUUAUUAUGAAGGAAAAACAGCACCCAAAGAAGAAAGAAAUGUGUAGGAAAUAUUUCAUAGUGAGAGGAAAAAAAGUUGUAUGAAAUCAAAUAGAAGACUAGAAUAGAAUAGAAUAGAAUAGAAUAGAAUAGAAUAGAAUAGAAUGUACUUUAUUGUCCCCUUGGGGACAUUUGGUUUGGACUCAGUGUUUGUUACUUCCAAAAUACCAUACAAUGCACGAGAGUACAAGAAUUAUAAUUAUACUGUAUUAAGAUUUUGUUUGUUGUAUUCCUGGGAGAACCAAUGUAUUAUGUUUCUAUAACAUGAAAUGAUGUAACUGUAUUCAAGAUACUAAUAGUCAACGUUCAUUGCCUAAAGGGACAGAGACUGAUCAGCAACCACUUGUUGCCAAAUGAUCGUGAAUGUCAAGUAAAUUGCCAAUUUAUUGACUGGGCCACCGAGGCUAACUGCAGAAAUGCAUUGGCCAACUGCCUGAUCUAAUCUCCUGUUUUUCCCACUGUUACUUUUUCUUCAUCACUAUGUACAGAUCCACAAUCCAAAAUAGCCUAUUUAGAGUAGAAUUAGACCAAAUAUAUAAUCCCCAUUUUUAUGGUACACUAUUCUACUCUUAUACCACCACAACAAAAGGGUACAGGUGUAAAGGCAUUUUCUGGUUUGUUAAAUGAAGUUUUCAAUGGACGUUUGACACUCUACUGUAUGCACCGUAGGAUUUCUUGCUGUACCUCAUGCCUGUAAUGUUUGCUGCUUCUAUAUUUUGGUAAUUUAGUGAUUUGCAUCUAUUUGCAACAUAUGUACAUAGUAGAACUAUUUAUUGAGAGUGUUAUACUUUUUUAAAGUUAUAUUACCGUUCAUGUAAGUUAUUUGUCCCAAGGUCUUAUCAAUGUAAAAAUGAUUCUUUAGGUAAAGGGACUCUUGCGUUAUUGUUAUUUUAUUUUUGUCUGAUCCAGUGCUCCAGUUGAAGAAAAAACAAUGUAGUUGUAGAACUAAUAAUAUAAAAAUUGGUUGUUGCCAGAAAGAGAAGAAAACAAAUGCUAAAAAUCAUUAUUGGGGAAUUGUUUUUAAUCAGCCUUUUAUUUAUUAACUUUCAAAUUAACACUCUCGCCUUUUUUCAGUCACUUGAGAAGUAUACUGCUCAUUUAAGGCAUAGAAUGUCAUUCAGUAACACAGAGUUUUCCAGGCCAUGGAAAUACCUCCAUUUUUGCAGAUGGGACACAAUUGUAACUACAAUGUUGUAAUAAUGUCAUAUAAAUGUAAUUAUGUGUUAAUAUAGUACAUGCAUUCAAUGGCACGAGAGGAUAAUGUGAUCAUUAUAUCUUGCAGUAAAAAUAAAAAUCUCAAACGUCUUGCCAAUUUGUACCCAAAAUAUUCCAAAUGUCUUUUUAAAAUGAAGAAAAGCCAGGGCUCAGACACAUCAACAAUGAACAGGUGAAGGAAACAUGCUGCUGUUUCAAGGUGUUGGUCCAGGUGUCAAAAUAUGUACACACAGCAAACUUAACGAGCCAGAGUUUUUUCCAGCGCUAGUGCUCACAUUUGGGAGUCUCUGGUCUUCAAGUUGACCAACAUUUCUUUGAACUGUUUAGAUGCCAUUUAAAUUUUAAUUUAAUAUGAGUUCUCGAGCAGUUGGUAAUUAUGAACAUGUAAAUAGUGAUGUGAAGAUGUGUACCAGUAAAAUAUGCUGUGUACAUUAAGAACAUUUAGACGCAACGAUACAUUUAUAACAGUUACUUAAUCAUGCAAAAUAUUGUACCAUGAUCAUCAGCAUUAAAUCAUCAGCAUCGAGCCUUGAUCUUCAA